UUCGUGCCUCCUAUUGGUGUAGAAACUUAAAGGGAAGCGUCAGCUUUCACAAAACAAGGAUAAGAUUAUGAAAUUUACAAAGAGAAAGUGAGAUGACACGUGUUACUACUUGUUAAGGACAGUGACGCUAACUUUUGGAGAACUACGUAGUUCAAUAACAACGUGCAUUUUGAGGUUAUGGUGAAUAAAAAUAAGCUUAUUUAAUCUACACGUGAUUUUAAUCUGUGUGUUUAUGUUGAAAACAAUAUUUUAUAAACAUUUUUAUACUUAAUAAAUAAGUAAAAUGCCGAAAAUUAAAGCAGAAAAGAAGAGUAGAGUCCACGAAAAAGUUGCUAGACAAGGUAUCUUGUUUAACAAGGAUUUUGGUCAACAUAUUUUGAAAAAUCCCUUGAUUAUUCAAAGUAUGGUAGACAAAGCAGCAGUAAGGCCUACAGAUGUAGUCUUAGAAAUUGGUCCUGGAACUGGAAAUAUGACGGUUAAACUUUUGGAAAGAUGUAAGAAAGUAAUAGCUUGUGAGAUUGAUGUAAGAUUAGUCGCAGAAUUACAAAAACGUAUUCAAGGAACCCCUUUUAAAACAAAGUUAGAUAUAAUUGUGGGGGAUGUAUUGAAAGCGAACCUGCCUUUCUUUGAUCUCUGUGUUGCUAAUAUUCCUUACCAAAUUUCAUCGCCGUUGGUAUUUAAACUACUUCUUCAUCGACCAACAUUUAGGUGUGCAGUUUUAAUGUUUCAAAAAGAAUUUGCUGAUAGAUUGGUAGCUAAACCGGGAAAUAGUUUAUACUGCAGACUAAGUGUGAAUACACAAUUACUAGCACGAGUUGAUUUAUUAAUGAAAGUAGGAAAAAAUAAUUUUAGGCCACCACCUAAAGUAGAAUCAAGUGUUGUACGAUUAGAACCAAAAAAUCCACCACCUCCAAUUAAUUAUCAAGAAUGGGAUGGAUUAACGAGGAUUGCAUUUGGAAGAAAAAAUAAAACGUUGUCGGCGGCAUUUAAACAGACGGCAGUGGUCUCAUUAUUGGAAAAAAAUUACAGAAUUCACUGCAGUCUUCACAACAAACCACUAGAGGAGAAUUUCAAGAUAAAAGAUUUAAUUAACCAGGCUCUAGAGAAUGCUGAUGCACUUAACAAACGUGCUCGUUUAAUGGAUAUGGAUGAUUUUAUCAGUCUAUUGCAUAAUUUCAACGCCCUCGGAAUUCAUUUUGCAUAAUAAAUUGUGAUAAAUAAAUUAUUUAUUUAAAUUGUGACAAAUUAAAGAGAAGAGAUAAAAAAAACUUAAACUGUAAAUCAAAUAUUGCAAU